AUGUACGAAGAUGGAAAUAUAAUGGCGCCGCCGCUGUAUCCUGAUCAUAAAAAGAACGAAGAUGAAGAAAAUUCGAGUUUAAAUAUUUACAAAUUCAGAGACAGGCAAGAUAGAUCCGAUUUAUUUAUUAAACCUGCUCCAAUAGGCCGCUUUUCAGAAGUACACUCGCAUAACAUAUUGAUUGAAGUAGAUGAACAGAAACGACAGAAGACUUAUGCCAUACUUCAAGAACCCCGAACUGACUUUCACAGCAACAAGCUCCGCUAUAUUCUCUUAAUUUACACAAACGCUAUGUGGAAAGUGUUUAUUUUAGCAACAAUCUUCUUUGCAUACUUCUUAGAAACAUGUCUCUAUACUUUUAACAAACCACACGAAAGAUCCUUCUGGCUAAUCAUACUUGUGAUCUUUUUGAAUUUUAUGUUCACAAUUGACGUUGUUAUUGUUUUUGGAUUGAAGUUCUUUGAAAAGUGGAGAAAGACACUGAACUUAGUGGAACCGGAUUUAAUGCGUGUAAUAUUAGAUGCUGUCCUGGCAUUACCAUAUUCCUUUAUGUACUUAAUGAUACCUCAGGAAUAUACACCAUUCAGUUACCACGCGAUUGCUCCCAUAAUUGCGACUGUGCGCGUUUAUAGAAUAAUUGAAUAUUCCUAUGGUAAGUCUUCGCAAGCUGGCACAAAUCAAUGGACUACGUUUUUGGCACAGUACCUGGUACUGUUCUUAUUGUCGGUCCAUACUUGGACCUGUAUAUGGUACUUGUUUGCCAAUAAACACUUUGACAUUCAUGAACUACGGUCAUCCUGGUCGGUCGCUACUGUAAAACUUCCUACCGAAACUACUUUUGAUUGGUAUUUUGUUGGCGCAUAUUGGUCUGUAUUGUUUUUUACGACAAACGCACUUGGAGAAAUCUAUCCUGUAACUACAUGUGAGAGAAUAAUAGCUGCAAUCGCUAUUUUGUUAGGAUUUCUAUUGACGACUGUUGUGUUUGUUGGUUCUCUGACAUCACUAUUUAUAACCAUAACGACUAGACGAGCAAAGUAUGUACGGCAGUUGAAGAAAAUUCAAAAUCACUUGACGUUGAUCAAAAUGGAUUCCGAAACAACUAAGCGUAUUAUAAGAUAUUACGACGAUCUUUGGUAUCAAAAAUCGGGAGUUUUCAAACCCAAGCUAAUGAAACUACUACCAGCACCUUUGCAAAUGGAAAUAUGUUAUGACCUUAAUGCGGUGCCACUGUACAGUUCUUUGAUAUUCAGAAAACUUCCGGAAGCAUUCCUUAGAAGACUGUCCGUCACAAUGAGCCACCAGUUUUAUUUACCUGGCGACAUUGUUUAUAAUCACAAUCAAAACAAGACUAUUAUGAUUUGUGUCACAAGCGGCGUCUUAGAACUCUUAUCUGAUGAGGACGACGAAAGCCCAAUGAUAUCAUUUGCUAAGGGCACAUGUUUUGGGGAAAUCUCACUGGUGUAUAACAUUCCAGCCCGAUGUACAGUUAAAGCAGCGACAUAUGUGGAAUGUCAGGUUCUUAGUAAGGCUGACUUUAUUAAGUUGAUGAUUACUUACCCUGAUUUAGUUGCCAAGAUACGGAAAGAACUUAACGAAAGAAUUUACCGAAGCCAUUGCAGAAAACAAAAGCAGGGAAAGGAAAAACAGUUAUCUUUGAAUAUUUAUGUUUCGAAAGAUACAAAAAAAAGCAGCAUUAAAUGUUUAAAGGAUAGACUGCGUUACAUUCAAGGUUUAAGUGACAUAAACAAUUUUACUAAUGACGAUGAACUAGACGAAAAUUGUUUGGAUCUUUACAUAUUAUCGGAACAUGUUAAAAAGCGUAUCAGUGCUUUUACCUGUUUAAAUUCAAAAUUUCCAUGGAUUCUCGAAUCAGAUUGUUAUCUCGUUAAAUAUUGGCAGUUUUACAUGUUAUGCAUUGUAUUCUAUGUGUGCUUACUUUAUCCAUAUUUUAUCGGAUUCAAAAGAGAAUUUCCGAGGGGAAUAUUUUUCUACAUAGAAAUUGUGAUAACAGUCUCUUUAAUAUUAAAUCUAUUUAUUACAAUCGUCACAGCCGUGAAGACUAAAAAGAGAUACAUUAAAAGUUUUAUAAGCAUACUAAACUAUCGGAUGUAUACUAUGGGAUUUUAUAUGGAUGUGUUUGCUAUAAUCCCUUUCGAAUAUAUUGUCACUAUACACACAAAUGCAUCGUACCUGGAUAAUUACAGAAAUCAUCUCUUCUAUUUGUGUAAAGGCACUAAACUUUGUUUAGUGUGGAGAUUAACUAGCUUUUUUGAAGAGUUGGAGAGGAAACUACUUGCAAAUACUAUUAUAGUGAAGAUUGUCAAGUACUGUGUUUACAUUGGAUUUAUAUGUUACUGGUCGGGCGUCAUUUUAUACAUGGAAGCAUGUUUCGUUAAUAGAUGCUCUCAAAAUUCGUGGUUUGCAAAUGCUUUGACAUGGGAAAAUCACAAAAGAAGUGUGACAUCGAGCAAAACAAAAUAUCAUAUUCUAACCUCGACGUAUUUCGCUACUACUACAUUAUUAUCAGUGGGCUACGGUGAUUUUACUCCUGGCGAUCAAUUUGAUAUGGGAUUCGUAGCAUUUCUCAGUUUAUACGGAGUUUUGCUCACUGGAUACUGUGUGUCUGAGUUUUCAGCUGUUGUGACUCAUUGGUCUAGGACUAAGACUGCGUUUUUGGAAAUAAUAAUCACGAUUGAUAGAUUCAUGAAAGAAAACAAGAUGCAUCCGACUAUAGUGUCGAGAAUCAUGUCCUUUUACGAGCUCCAAUGGCAGUAUAACGCGGGUGUCGAACUUACUGGUGAAAAUUGGCUCGAAAAAACCAUAGUGCCUUCAGAGUUACGAAAGAAAGUGCUCCAUCAAGCGCGAUUCAAGACGCUGACUUCAAUUAGGUUCUUCCAAGUGAAAAAUAAAGCUUACAUUCAUACGCUAACAGAAACUGCCAGAGACAUCAUCCUACCACCAGGAGAGAUAGUAUAUUACGGCGGUACCGUUACAAGAGACCUUUAUAUAAUUGAGAGCGGUUAUUGUUUGGUUACAUCUAAGGAGAUGAGAGAAACUAAGAGGGAACGUGUCAAUGGCCCCGGGAACCAUCUGGGUUUAUUAGUGCUUUUGUACGGCGUGCCGGCUGUCAGCACUGUAAUUACUCUGACACAUUGCAAACUUAUAAGCAUCAACCAUUUUGCUUACACAUCCGCGUUGAAUCUAUUCCCGGACAUGAGAGAGCACGACGGCUUACUCUUACCGGAAGAGUUGAAGAAAAUAGAACAAAUAGCAAGAAUGCAAAACACGGACGCCUAUUUCAAGAAUCACAGCCUUCUGACGGAGAAACAGGAUAGGAAAAAGAUAACGAAUAUUUUGCAAGACUUUAUAAAUGAUUCCUUCAUAAACGUUGCGGACGAUUAUAGAAAAAUGGGCGAGAAAUAUAUGAAAUCGUACAAGCAGUUUAAAGUAUUUAACUCUUUGUCACCAUAUUUGUUGAUGCCGAUAGCAAUCAAGCCAGAUGGUGUAUUUCUGAAAACUUGGGCCAUCCUUAGAGUCUGCGCGGCUUAUCUACUCAGCAUGUUGGUUCCAAUUAGCAUUGCUACUGCGCCUACAUGUAAACACUUCAAUGUAGGAAUCGUAGUUUUGGAAUGUUUUUGCUACGUAGAUUUAUAUUUGAUGCUACACGUUGCUUUCUACGGUUCGAAAAAUCAACUUAUCUACCACCCUUACUUAACUGCAAGGAAUUAUUUGAGAAGGACAUUCAUGGUGGAUCUACUCACGUGUUUCCCAUGGUACGCUGUAUGGAAACUCUUUGUUCCUAACCAUGAUGAAAACCACACCCCAGAGGACCAUCUUGUUAACUCUCAUAUGUAUCACUGUCUCAUCAGAAUGGUUAACGUUUUGCAAAUCUAUAAACUAUAUGCGGCAUUUUGGACAGAGUCGAUCGGUGCAUUGAAAAGGGCUUAUUUGAUGAGCGUCGUGCAAUUUCUGCUGCUAACUCUUUUCUUUUUAAAUCUCUAUACAUCAAUACUAAUGACUAUGACAUGCAGAUACGUAGUCGCUUAUGAUAACGAUGAUUUUGUCGACAAGCUUGAGAGAUUAUCCAUGGCUGGGCCGUAUAUGAAAACAACUUAUAACUUAAGAGGAAAUAUGAUUUGUAAAGAAGGUUCCUGGAUUGACAGCGGAAAAAUAUUUACAGACAGCUACCUAUCUCCAGGCAAAGUAUAUUUGCUGGCGUAUUAUUGGACGGCUGCGAGUUUCACCGGCGCGGGUUUUGGUGAUAUCACGGCCCAAGACACCUCCCACAUGCUUCUCUCAAUUUGCAUCAAUAUACAUGGCGUUUUGUUUUUUGGUUACGUGUAUGCACGCAUAGCAUCGUUGAAAGCUAUGGCUGAUCAAGUGGUUACUACAUUCCAGGAGAACUUAAAGCAUUUAGAGCUAUUUUUAAACAAGGAGAAGGUACCAUACUUGUUAAAAAAGUCCGUGAUCGAUUAUUGGAAAUAUCAAUGGAAAAGAACUGGAGGCUGGUCGCACCAAAAAAUUUUAGGAAAACUGCAUGCCAAUUUAAACGAAGACGCAGUUCUGUACAUGUACGAAAAAACUUUAAGAGAAAUACCAUUAUUUGAGGAUGUAGAGUAUUCUUUCUUUAGAGCUUUCGCGAAAACACUCAAGGAGGGAUAUUUUCAAAAAGGCUACAUGGUGAUGAGAUCUAAUGAGGUCAUAAGUAACAUGUACAUUAUUUAUCGCGGCAAAGUGGAUAUUAUCAGUAAUAUUAACGAAGUUGAAGCCUGUAUGGGGCCGGGUGGAAUUUUUGGAAAUAUUCGCGGAGCGACAAGAUAUUUAACUAUGUCUAAUGUAAUAGCUUCUAGAAACAUUGAUUUGCUAUACAUCGAAGGCGCAGAUUUCUAUUCAUUAUUAAAGAGUUUUCCGACAGUGUUGAGAAAAGUUAAAUAUUCGGUGGAUUCGGCGACAAAAGAUUAUGUUUUACCGACGAUUAUGUCCGAAAAAUCUAGCUUAGAAUUAGAAUCGUAUCCCUUAACGUAUGAAGCUGUCGAGGAUGAAGAAGAUGAAAUAGACCCCAACAUAUUCCUGGAUAGUCCUGACAAAAGCGUAGCGGAAUCUCAUGGAUCAAGAUCCAUAACAUCUGGCGACUAUACCGACUACAUUUCUGCUAUUUGGCUAAUAUUUAAACCACAUAGAUGGUUCCGUAGUAGCGUUGUGCCUGAUUCUAAUUGGCUCACUGUUAUUGAUUAUCUAAUUAUGAUUCUUUCAUAUGUUGACUUCAUGAUUCUUGUAUAUCAAAUGGCAUUUCUAUCCAAUGAUUACUUCUUCUACAUAUGCGUUGUGUUCGACGCAAUCUUCUUGUACAAGGCCUUCCUCGACAUACACAGUGGCUACAUGAACAGAUAUGGGGAUUAUGUGCUGAACCCGAAGAAAGUCCGGAAAAUGUACUUUUCGAAGGUAUACCUUCGUAGACGAGACUUUCUAGCCAACUUACCUAUAUCAUACUUAGCUUUCGCUAUGUCUUUGCGACCGUCAGUGCAACAGGCGCUAUUCUGUUACUUGCGAACACCACAGCUAUUUAGAAUAUCGUAUUUGUUCACGUAUCGACAGCAUAGGAAAAUAAAUAUUGGAUCUGCGAACCUGUUUUUAAAAUUAACAACGAUAGCAAUAUGGGCAUCUCUGCUGUCGCAUGUAAACGCUUGUUUAUUUUUCAAGCUGUCUUGCCUUACCCCAGUACAGUGCACAUCCUCUAAUUGGAUAUCCAAAGAAGAGCUGAAUUUACGCGGAAAUUACGCCGAGAAAAACUUCUUCCCGCUCUACAUAGCCUCCCUAUGGUAUAUGAUUAACUUGCUCACAAUAACCGGCACUGGAGAUGUUUCAUCACAAAACGACUUCGAAGUCAUCGAAACUGUAUUCAUAACUAUAAUUAUAAAAUUCUGUACAGGUCUGCUAAUAUCAGAAAUGUCCGCAUUGAUCACCGCGCAUUCGUCAUCGCGUAUUGCGUACGAUUACGGCAUCAACGAGUUGAGGGACGGCUUGCGGGACACCGACUUGAGCGAGCAUCAAAUGACCAAGAUGUGGGACUAUGUGCGCGAACUGUGGAACAGGCAACAGGGGAAACAGAUGCCCAAACUAGUCUACAAUUUACCAUUCCGACUCCGUUGUCAAGUCAUGCAAGCAGUCUACGGGAGUCACAUACGAGAGUCGCUAAUAUUCAGGAAAGCGGACGACGAUUUCAAACGAAUGUUAUCUAUGUGGCUCAAACAUUGCGUGUUCUUCCCUGGAAACUAUAUCGUCCAACGGGGAGACGCUGACCAAUCUAUUUACUUCAUCCAUAGAGGAGAGGUGGAAGUGUUGACAGUACAUCAGAAUCUAACAGAAUCAAUUUACGACAUUUUAGGACCAGAAGACAGUUUUGGUGUUGCUCAGGGUCUAUUUGUGGGCGUGACACACCAUUUCUCCUUCCGAGCACGAACUGUGGUCGACAUUGUGUAUCUUACGCUGGACGAAUGGAAAUACUUGCUCGACUUCUAUCCGUCAUCAGCGAAACUAGUUCAGAGGAAAGUUGAAAAUGUCUACUUAGCUAUUUAAUUAGUAUAAUAAAUAAAAACAACAAUAAUUGU